GACAAAUUCCCCGCUUGCUACCGCUACAGCCCCGAAGCCAGGGAGCCCCCGCGCCGGCAGACCCCCGACGGCUCCAUCCGUGCGCUCUUCCUCUCCAAGGGCCCUGCCGGGAGUGGUUCGGUGGGAGGAGGAGGCCGAAUUCCAGCCCCACUGGAACAGGGGGUGGUGUCCACCUUCAAACAGCUCUACAAGCGGGAACUGCUGCGCCUGGCCGUCUCGUGCGUGGCCGGUGGCGGCAGCUCGGGUGGCCCCAUGGAUUUUGUGCAGUCCUUCCUCCUCAAGGACAUGUUGUACCUGGCUGGCCUCUCCUGGGACCUCAUCCCCCCUGGCUCUAUCGAGAAGUGCUGGCUGCUGGGGCUGCGCGCCGCCUUUGAGCCCCAGCCUGGGGAAGAUGAUCAUGGAGACCCCCCGCACAGGGAGGAAGGCAGUGGGGACAGCAAAGUCUUUAGCGACCUGACUCACUUGGCCGCGUUGGCCUACAAACGCUUGGCUCCCGAGGAGGUGGCCAACUGGUUGCAUUUGGAUGAUGCGGCCCCUGGUACUGAGGAGGAUGAUGGGGAAGAGGAUGCUGAGGAGGAAGGCCCUGGGGGCUGCAGGGUAGAGGAGGAUGAGGAGGAGGCAGCUGGCAGAGAUGGGGGUGGCAGAAGGGCUGGGGAAGGAGGGGAUGCUUUGUUGCCCACGGCUCGGGAAGCCAUCAAAGGUCUCGAGACAGCGUUGCGCUGGCUGGAGGCUUUGGUUUCCUCCUGGUACAUGUUUGGGGCUUGA